AGUCAUUUUUUCAUUCAAAGUAGUUUUUAGAUUUCAAGAUGAUGCUGUGCAGCAUCGUUUGCCUGUUGCUGCUUUGGAGCUGCGAGGGCGCGAGACUGGCAGAGAGCCGUGAUGACAACAGUGUGUAUGAUUUAUUUGAGCUGGUUCGGGUCAAUAAGAGGCACAACGGAGUGAGUCUGGUAAAAGGCGCAGACCCCUACAGCCCUGCGUACAAGGUCCUGAAUGCAGACCUGAUCCCCCCGCUCCCCGACAGCUCCUUCAGGGACCUCCUCGACUCCAUCCAGGCUGAGCGGGGCUUCCUCCUCCUCAUCAACCUGAAGCAGUUCAAGAAAACCAGGGGCAGCCUCCUGACCAUCGAGAAGACCGACGGAUCCGGACCUAUUUUCGAGAUCAUCUCCAACGGGAAGGCGAACACCCUGGAUUUGGUGUACUCCACCGAGAACCAGCUGCAGGUGGUCUCCAUCGACGAUGCAGAUCUGGCCAAUGGACACUGGAAGAACCUGACGCUGUUCGUCCAGGAGGACAGGGCUCAGCUUUUUGUUGGCUGUGAGGAGAUCAAUGUGUCAGAGUUGGAUGUGCCCAUCCAGACCCUGCUGGCCCGGGAGCUGGCAGACAAAGCCAGACUCCGGAUUGGAAAGGGGGCUGCAAAGGACAAGUUCAUGGGAGUGCUUCAAAAUGUUCACUUUGUGUUUGGCACCACUCUGGAAGCCAUUCUAAGAAAUAAGGGAUGUCAAAGUGGAGCAGCCCUCACUGAUAUCAUGACCCUGGACAACCCGGUUAAUGGUUCCAGCCCUGCCAUAAGGACCGAUUACACUGGUCACAAAUCUAAAGCUCUGGACUCCGUCUGUGGCUUCACGUGUGAGGACAUCUCCACCAUGUUUAAGGAGCUCAGAGGACUCACUGUGAUCGUGAAGCAGCUGUCAUAUGAACUCCAAAAAGUGUCUACAGAUAGCCAGCUUCUGAAAAAUCUAAUGGACAUCCACAGUGGCGUCUGCAUCUAUAAUGGCAUUAUGCACAAGGACCAAGAUGAAUGGACAGUGGAUGGCUGCACUGAGUGUACCUGCCAGAACUCUGCUACUGUGUGUCACAAAAUCUCCUGCCCUCUCAUCCCAUGCGCUAACGCCACUGUGCCUGAUGGAGAAUGCUGCCCUCGCUGUGGAACACCAAGUGACUAUGCAGAGGAUGGUUGGUCCGCCUGGUCUGACUGGACCCAUUGUUCAGUGACUUGUGGCCGCGGCAUCCAGCAGCGUGGACGUUCCUGUGACCGCAUCAACAGCAAGUGUGAUGGAACCUCUGUCCAGACUCGUGACUGCUAUCUGCAGGAAUGUGACAAACGCUUCAAACAGGAUGGAGCCUGGAGCCACUGGUCGCCUUGGUCUUCCUGCUCUGUGACUUGUGGUGAAGGGGUCAUGACACAAAUACGCCUCUGCAACUCUCCCACACCACAGCUGGGUGGUAGGGACUGCCAGGGAGAGGGACGCCACACCAAAGUCUGCGAAAUGUCACCCUGUCCUGUCAACGGGGGUUGGGGACCUUGGUCGCCAUGGGAUACUUGCUCUGUUACAUGUGGUGGAGGAAUCCAAACCAGAAAACAUAUCUGCAAUGACCCUGCACCCAAGUAUGGUGGAAAGGAUUGCGUUGGUGAUGCUGCAAUGGUUCGAGUUUGCAACAAACAGGACUGCCCUAUUGAUGGCUGCCUUUCAAACCCGUGCUUCCCUGGUGCAAAAUGCACCAGCUUUCCCGAUGGCUCCUUUGUGUGUGGCAAGUGUCCAAUUGGCUACACUGGUGAUGGGAUCACAUGCAAGGAUAUUGAUGAGUGCAAAGAAGUUCCAGAUGCUUGCUAUACUCUUAACGGAGUUCAUCGCUGUGUCAACACUGAGCCAGGUUACAACUGUCUCCCCUGUCCUGCACGUUUCUCUGGUCCUCAACCCUUCGGAAGAGGAGUGGAACAGGCAACUGCUAAAAAACAGGUUUGCACUCCCCGUAAUCCUUGCAAGGAUGGUAGCCACAACUGCCAUAAAAAUGCAAAUUGCAUUUACUUGGGCGUUUUCUCGGAGUCCAUGUUCCGCUGUGAGUGCAGGCCUGGGUAUGCUGGGAAUGGCCGGAUUUGUGGAGAGGACACUGACCUGGAUGGAUGGCCCAACACAGACCUAAUCUGUGUGGAGAACGCCACCUAUCACUGCAAAAAGGAUAACUGUCCCAACCUUCCAAACUCUGGGCAAGAAGAUCAUGACAAAGAUGGCCUUGGUGAUGAAUGUGACCAUGAUGAUGACAAUGAUGGUAUCCCCGAUGAUAGGGACAACUGCCCGAGAGUGUACAACCCUGGGCAGUAUGACGCAGACAGGGAUGAUGUUGGUGACAGCUGUGACAACUGCAUUUUUGAAGCCAACACUGACCAAGCAGACACAGACAACAACGGAGAAGGAGAUGCCUGUGCUGUUGAUAUUGAUGGUGAUGGCAUUCUGAAUGAGAACGACAACUGCCCGUAUGUUUACAACGUGGACCAGAGAGAUACAGACAGGGAUAAAGUGGGAGAUCAUUGUGACAACUGUCCCCUGGAGCAUAACCCAGAUCAGGUUGACUCUGACUCAGAUCGCAUAGGAGACAAGUGUGACAACAACCAGGACAUUGAUGAGGAUGGUCACCAGAACAACUUGGACAAUUGCCCCUACAUUCCUAACGCCAACCAGGCAGACCACGACAAGGAUGGCAAGGGAGAUGCUUGUGAUCAUGAUGAUGACAAUGACGGCAUUCCUGAUGACAAAGACAACUGCCGAUUGGCAUUUAACCCUGAUCAAGUGGACUCUGAUGGUGAUGGCCGUGGAGAUGUGUGCAAAGAUGAUUUUGACCAAGACAAUGUUCUGGACAUUAACGAUGUGUGCCCCGAGAAUUUUGACAUAAGCGAAACUGACUUCCGACGAUUCCAGAUGGUUCCUUUGGAUCCCAAGGGUACUUCACAGAUUGACCCCAACUGGGUGGUUAGGCAUCAAGGCAAAGAGUUGGUGCAGACUGUCAACUGUGACCCUGGCAUUGCUGUUGGUUUCGAUGAGUUCAGCGCUGUGGAUUUCAGUGGGACCUUCUUCAUCAACACUGACAGAGAUGACGAUUAUGCUGGGUUUGUGUUUGGCUAUCAGUCCAGCUCCCGCUUCUACACAGUCAUGUGGAAACAGAUCACACAGACCUACUGGUCGAACACACCUACAAGAGCUCAAGGCUACUCUGGCUUGUCAAUCAAAGUGGUCAAUUCUACAACAGGGCCUGGUGAACACUUGAGGAAUGCUCUGUGGCACACUGGAGACACCCCAGGACAGGUGCGCACUCUGUGGCACGACCCCAAGAACAUUGGGUGGAAGGACUUCACGGCUUACAGAUGGCAUCUCAUUCACAGACCCAAGACGGGACUUAUUAGGGUGGUCAUGUACGAAGGCAAAAAAAUCAUGGCUGAUUCUGGAAACAUCUAUGACAAGACAUAUGCCGGUGGGCGACUUGGCUUGUAUGUCUUCUCUCAAGAGAUGGUUUACUUCUCAGACCUUAAAUAUGAAUGUAAAGAUGCAUAACUGCACCCUCAGAACAGAAGAAUGUAUCAGUGCAGAUCAUAAAGGGUCCAGAUUGAUUUCAGUUUUCCUCUGAGAAUUGCACAUUGGAGGUAUGUUGAGCAAGUGAGCUAACAUGGGGAAAGGACCUCAGGAGUUAAAGCCAAAUGAAAGUUAAAAUACAAGCCUGCACCAAAAUCAAAUUGUGAGUUCAGCUUUGCUAAGAAGAGGUGAGCUCACUCAGUCUGAUCUGCAUUGAAAAAGGGUCACUUUUUUUCUUAUUUUUUUGCUUUGCACACCCGAACUGUUAUUCCUCUGUGGACAAGGGACCAAAGGGAAAAGUUUUUUUUUUUUUUUUUGUUAAAUAAUAUUUUUUGAGCAUUAACAUACAUCUGCUGUGGACUCAAAGAUGCAGUGCUCAAUAUGAAGAAAGCAGUUGGAGAACUUUGGGGGGUAAAAAAAAAACAUGAAGGAACUGCUGAGGGACCACGGACAGUAUGGAAUGACCGAUACAAUUAAAGAGCGUGAAUGUUGUGCGUUUCUGCAUGUGUAACACCCAACAAGCCUAGUGCUGAAGAAAUUUGAAAUUUAGUUUGAACUACUCCGAUGAUACCAAACACCGUUUGUUACAGACAUGGUGCUGUCUGCAGAAAAGAUGUAGAGCUGGCCCAAUACAUUUCUCCUCUCAGGAAAGAAAACAUAAAAACGCUAGCAGGAUUGCAAAAAAUGUAACAUGGCCUUAGAUAAAUUAUCAGCAAAUUAUACCUUUUGUGUUUAUUGACGAUCAGGAGACACAAAGAGUGAGGGCUGGUCAGCUUCUGUAGAUUUUUACAAACUUAACAUUUUGAGUUUAUUCAUCUCGUGC